UCUGGAGAGCAAACAGUUGCCAGACAGUUCUCUAAAGCAACUCCAUGAUAAGGAAGCAACCAACAAGCAUCUUGAAUUUAAGCGCCUGUUUGACAUCUCACUAGCAGAGGACAACUAUGCCAGUUAUAGGUGACAUGGUUACUUCACCAAUGGAUUCAGAGGUGUACGACUACGACUCCAGCUUCACCCCUACGGUUGGUGAGGAUGGUCUGGAUGACUUUAUGUGUGACAAAUCUGCCGUUAGGGCUUUCAGAGGCCAGUAUGAACCGCCUCUCUACUGGUCCAUCGUCAUCCUGGGAGGCCUGGGUAACCUGACCGUGGUGUGGAUCUACCUGCACUUCCGCCAGCGUCUCAAGACCAUGACCGAUGUCUACCUGUUGAACCUAGCUGUGGCCGACCUCUUCUUCUUGGGCACUCUACCCUUAUGGGCCGUGGAGGCCAACCAGGGAUGGAGCUUCGGCUUGGGCCUCUGCAAGGUCACCUCUGCCUUCUACAAGAUCAACUUCUUCAGCAGCAUGAUGCUGCUCACCUGCAUCAGUGUCGAUCGCUAUGUGGUCAUCGUCCAGACCACCAUGGCCCAGAAUUCCAAGAGACAGCGGCUGAGCUGCAGCAAGUUUGUGUGCGCCUGCGUCUGGCUCCUGGCCGUGUUGUUGGCCCUGCCCGAGUUCAUGUUCGCCAACGUCAAGGAGCUGGAUGGCCGGUUCUACUGCACCAUGGUCUACUGGAGUAACCAGAACAACCGCACCAAGAUCUUGGUCCUGGGGCUUCAGAUCUGCAUGGGCUUCUGCCUGCCCCUCCUGGUGAUGGUGUUCUGCUACGCCGGCAUCAUCCGCACCCUGCUCAAAACCCGCAACUUCAAGAAGCACAAGGCGCUGCGCGUGAUCAUGGUGGUGGUGGCUGUGUUUGUCCUCUCCCAGUUGCCAUAUAACAGCGUGCUGGUGGUGGAGGCCACCAAGGCGGUCAACAGCACCGGAAUGGACUGCGAUGCGGAAAAGCGUUUCGACGUGGCCGGCCAGGUACUGAAGAGCCUGGCCUACAUGCAUGCCUGCCUCAAUCCCUUCCUGUAUGUAUUUGUGGGCGAACGUUUCCGCAGAGACGUCCUCAAGCUUAUCCGCAUCUACCACUGCUGGCCGGCCCAGGGGAUACUCAGCAAGAUCCAGGGAGGACCUGGUCGCUCAUCGGUCAUGUCCGACACGGACACCACACAGGCACUCUCGCUUUGAAGGCACAGUCAUAGUACAACCUUUUGCGUGCGACCAGAAGUCCCUCAUAACAAUCGAGGGGCUGUGCAACCACGCUCUGUUCCACAAUGCCAUGUCUGGUAACGGAAAGGUCUGGUAACGGAAAGACAAACCAAUAUGGCUAACAGUCCCAGUGAGAGAGGUUGUACUGUCGUCGUCUCCGACAUGGGGAGAAGAGGUCCCUUUCUGAGAGCUGGAGAAACUCUUGGCUCUUGUGUACGUUGCUGAAAGCAUGGGUCAUGAUAGGACUCUUCUUUGGCUGGUCUAAAGACCUUCUCAGUUUUAGCUGAUGACCACAAAGGAUGGACAGUUGAAGUCUGGUUGAGGGUUUGUGUUGGACAAUUCCAGUGAUGGGAAAAGAGCUAACCAUGACAGCAUUGGGCCUGUACUGGUACAAUGCAUUUUCAUUGGUCUUUAUGGCUCUGUAAAGUCAGCCAGGCUGUUUUGUGCCUUGUUAUUGUUGCAUUUGUUUAGAAAGUAUAGAGAUGGGAAAGAGAGAACACAUCUUUUCUUUACAAUGAUGGUUUCUGUGACAGAAUCACCAUUGUGGGCUAUCUCCAUUGUGGGCAAGUGCGCCCUCUAUCCAUCUCUAUAUUAUAAAGUUAAUUGGCAAUAUUAACUAAUAUUGAUAUUAGUUCAUCAAUCUCUUUGGUCAGACCGUAUCAAUGAGCUGAUCAAUUAUUUGAGACACUUUCUAAGUAGGAAAGCCCUUAUUUGUGACGAGUAUGUUUAGCUUUCACAGUGCGAGUGAACAAGUGUCAUAAACAAAAAAGUUGUAUAAAAUAUCUUUGAUCGUUAAAGACUGUAAAUAAACAAUGCAUUAAAAAAAUAUAUAUAUAUUUUUAGGUCACUGUUAUUGAAUUUUCCAAAUUUGGUAACGAUUUACUUUGACUACAUAUCCAUGUUUUAAAUUGUGUAUAAUUGUAUUUUCUGUAUUGAUCCCAGGACACAUUUGCAAAUGAGACUUAGGUCUUAAUGUGUUUUUCCUUAGUUCUCUUGUGAGGAGGAUCUCCAAGAUCCUCUUGUGACAGGGAGGAGACUGUGCGCCAUGCCUUCUGGGACUGUGCCUUUGCCGGACUAGUCUGGGCUAGGGCACGGGUGAUGCUAGGUGUGGUUAGGAG